AUGGCUGCCGCCCUCCUAACCCACUCCUUCUCUCCCGAAGGGCAGGCGGGCAAGGACAUGCAGCCACCACCCAGGGAGUCUGGAGUGUUUGACCUGGGCCUGGGCACUUGGAACUUCAGCUCCCAGGAGGAGAGCAUCAGGGCUGAAGCAGAAUCCGGGGGAGGCAGUGGGCAGCUGCCAGAGUACAAGGCAGCGUUGGUAGGUGCCAGUGGAGUGGGCAAGAGCGCACUCGCAAUCCAGCUUAACUACCAGUGCUUCGUGGAGGACCAUGACCCCACCAUCCAGGAUUCCUACUGGAAGGAGGUGGCCCUGAGCCCCGGGGGCUGCGUGCUCAACGUGCUGGACACAGCAGGGCAGCCCGUGCAUCGAGCCCUUCGUGACCAGUGCCUGGCCAUCAGCGACGGGGUGCUGGGCGUCUUCGCCCUCGACAGACCCGACUCACUGGCCCAGUUGCGACAGAUGCGGGCCACCUGGGAUCCCUGCUGUACCAGACCCCUCGUCCUGGUGGGCAACAAAUGCGACCUGGCUAGCACCUCCAAAGAGGCCCACACUGCUGCUGCUGCCCUCGCCGAGAGCUGGGGGACUCCCUUCGUGGUGACCUCUGCCAAGACCGGGCAGGGGGUGGAGGAAGCUUUCGCCCUGCUCAUCCAAGCGAUCCAGAGGGACCGGGAGGCUGCGGCAGCUAGCAGCCAGGAAACCAGGCCCCAGGACUGCAAGUGCCGCUGCCGCUGCUCUGUGGCCUGAAAGUCCCGGCCAAGAAAAUCUGGCCUUCUCCCAGGCCGCCAUGAUGGUCCCUUCACACCAGACUC